CGCCUCGUUGAGGAAAGAGUUCAUAGUCACACGUCACGCGUUUCGUUUAGACAGCGCAGCAGCUGUAAGAAUGAAUACGCGGGCCAGGCAUGGGUUAUGGACACUUCUUUACAUACUUGUACUUAUUGAUACAGAAUCAGCGGUGGCAGCGCCAGAGGCAGGGUUUUGGAAAACCACCGCUUUAAGUACCUCAAGACCGCUACUGUUAAGGAAAUCCAUGUACAAAGACACGAGCAUUGAGUUGAAAGUUGUGUCAUUUGGCUGUCCUGAGGAGGUAACUUUCACUAUUCAUUGGUAUCUGAAGUACUACCCCUGUCACAACAAUUUCAAUAAUAUUGAAGAAAUGUAUGAUCGAACGCCACUGAGUCGCGGGCUGAGCCUGGAUCCAAAUCCCAGUGUGCAAGGAGAGUACAUUGAGCACAAACACAAGCCAAUAACAUGCAACAGUGACCUGCGCUCCUUUCCAAUGCUAAAAAAAGCUAAGGCGGGGCCACUUCCUGUGAGUCCACCAGUUGAGGGACAAGUGUUGGAUGCGAGUGAAAUCAGAUGGCUUACCGAGGAGUAUGAAAGCAACACAAAGACCAACAGCAGCGCAAAUGUCAAAGACAAUGUCGUAACCUCCACUUGGAAAGAUGGGCCUUACCUACUGGUGGUGAAGAUUGAGCCCAGUAAACAAGAUGCUAACUGGAAUUUAACUGUGACUGUUGUGAUGAAAGGAAGCCAUGGCUACAUAUCUGUCACAGAAUACCCUCUCAUGAUUUUCUACAUGAUCAUGUGUGUGGUCUACAUCCUGUUUGCCCUGCUCUGGUUUAUGUGGGCCGCCUGCUAUUGGAAAGAUCUACUGAGAAUCCAGUUCUGGAUCGCUGGGGUCAUAUUCCUGGGAAUGGUGGAGAAGGCGGUCUUCUGCGCUGAAUAUGAAAACACCAACACUGUUGGUUCUGCUUCUCCAGGCCUGCUGAUCUUUGCCGAGCUGGUCUCUGCUCUCAAGAGAACUUUAGCCCGAUUGCUUGUCAUCAUUGUCAGCCUUGGCUAUGGCAUUGUUAAGCCUCGAUUGGGAACAGUAAUGCACCGAGUUGUUGGUCUUGGAAUUCUUUACUUUGUCUUUGCUGCCAUCGAAGGCGUGCUGAGAAUAACCGGGGCAAAAGACUCUGACUUGGCCCUACUGGCCAACAUUCCCCUGGCACUGCUUGACUCCUCUCUAUGCUGGUGGAUAUUUGUCAGCCUGGCUCAAACUAUCAAGACUCUUAAACUGAGGAGAAACCCAGUCAAGUUGUCCCUCUACAGGCACUUCACAAACACGCUCAUAUUUGCUGUCAUUGCUUCCAUUAUUUUCAUGGGAUGGACAGCAAAGAAAUUCCGACUAGCAGAUUGCCUCUCGGAUUGGAUUGAGCUGUGGGUGGAAGAUGCUUUCUGGAGGUUUUUGUUCUCCCUCAUUCUGCUUGUCAUAAUGUUUCUAUGGAGACCAUCUGCAAACAACCAAAGGUACGCCUUCACGCCUCUUAUGGACGACUCAGACGAUGAGGAGAUUGAGGAAUUUAUUGCCUCUUCAAAUGGUGCUGAUGGCGUUAAACUGAGAGCUGCAAAGAGUGACACCAAUGGUGCUGUGAAAUCUCCAGAAACAAACGCAGAAGAAGACCUAAAAUGGGUUGAGGAUAACAUUCCCACUUCUCUAGCUGAUGUAGCUCUUCCAAUCCUUCUUGACUCCGACGAGGAAAUCAUGACGACCAAGUAUGAGAUGUCCAAGCUGGAGUGAGGGGACACCUUACUAUUUAAAGCCUUCCGCAAAGGUAGUGGAGAACAAAAAAUAGGCGGCUGCUCGUGACCCUGCUGUCGAAAUCAAAUGUGCAGAAAUAGGUGUCAUUGCUGGUGGCGGGCCAUGGCAGAGUUCUAGGGGGAGCCUGUGCUCAUUUCCUUCAAUUUCCACCAUCAAAAACAGCUGAAGAAGAAUCAGUUUAAGCCUUCUUUUCCAAAGAGAUGAACUACUUUUAUAUUAAGUGCUGUAUUUAUUUCCGUUAUGUUGAUAUGGUGUUUUUUUUAUUAUUGCAAGUAAUAACAGAGGGCCUCAUGCAUGAACAUACACUGUCUUGGUGAGACUUUCAAAUCAGACGCUUAUAUAUAAAGGUGGGGCGAAUUCAAAAGCUUUUGUAAACACCAGAACUUAUUUAUUAAACUUUCGCAUUACAUUUACAAAGUGGGAUUUAGGAAAUAAUAUAUAACAUAUAAGUGUGAAGACGCUGACAUGAACUUUGGAAAAGAACAUUUUGCUUCUAUGCAUUUUGGCCAUCAAAACUGUGCCUACUUGUGUGAGGCCUGAUGUGAUAUUCCAAAAGUCACAAUACCUGUGUGUGUGUGUGUGAGUGCGAACAUGAUCAACUAUCAUUAGUACAAUUUAAAACGUGUUUAGUAGGGGUGUGGGAAAAAAUCGAUUCGAAUUCGAAUCGCGAUUCUCACGUGCGAUUCAGAAUCUAUUCUCAUUUUUAAAAAAUGUAUUUUUUUUAUUUUGUAUUUAUUUAUUUAAAAAUAUAUAUUUCAUUUUAUUUUUAUUUUUUAAAUUAAUCAAUCCAACAAAACAAUACACAGCAGUACCAUAACAAUGCAAUCCAAUUCCAAAACCAAACCCGACCCAGCAACACUCAGAACUGCAAUACACAGAGCAAUUGAGAGGAGACAAACGACACAGAACAAACCAAAAGUAGUGAAACAAAAAUAAAUAUUAUCAACAACAGUAUCAAUAUUAGUUACAAUUUCAACAUAGCAGUGAUUAAAAAUACCUCAUUGACAUUAUCAUUAGACAUUUAUAAAAAUUAAAAAAAAUAACAAUAGUGUCACAGUGGCUUACACUUGCAUCGCAUCUCAUAAGCUUGACAACACACUGCCCAAUAUUUUCACAAAGAUAAAAUAAGUAAUAUUUUUGGUUCAUUUAAUAGUUAAAACAAAUUUACAUUAUUGCAAUCAGUUGAUAAAACAUUGUCCUUUACAAUUUAUAAAAGCUUUUUACAAAAAUCUACUCUGCUUGCAUGUCAGCAGACUGGGGUAGAUCCUGCUGAAAUCCUAUGUAUUGAAUGAAUAGAGAAUCCUUUUGAAUCGGGAAAAAAAUCGUUUUUGAAUCGAGAAUCGUGUUGAAUUGAAAAAAAAAUCGAUUUUGAAUCGAAUCGUGACCCCAAGAAUCGAUAUUGAAACAAAUCGUGGAACACCCAAAGAUUUACAGCCCUAGUGUUUAGUAUAGUGUAACCUUGAGGGGGUCUUGGUGUGUGUCUUUGGAAAUAAGCAGCAAUACUGUGUGUUAAUAAGGAAUUGUGUAUUUAUUUGUGUUUAAAGUGUACUUAUGUCUGCCCAUGUUUACUAUUGUUGUGUUUACAUUAAUGUAUUCUUCAGAGCUGGACCAAUCUCAUACUGUAAUGGGAAAAACGGCAAUUUGUUCUUCUUUAUUGACCAAGUUUGCUUUGCUCACAGCACUCUUGGAUGUUGUCGUCAUUGUGGAGUUGGACGCUGUUGACGUGUGUGAUGGUUUCAGUGGUUAGCACAAGCACCCCAAGAGGGUUAAAAUGUUUCAUGAUUGUUUCCAUGUCAAGGGUUGUAGGAAGCAUGGGAUAUGAUAUGUGUUUAUCUUGGCGAGUGGCCGACUUUGUUUAACGUUAUAAUUCAGGAGGUGUGUGGGGUUACACGUGUCAUUUUUUUUUCAUGCACAUUUUUCUCAAUGAUUGAAAUGAGAUUUUAUGCAGGAGUAUGUUUGUUUCCUGGGCUGUAUAUUGCUCCAUUUUGGCAAUAAAAAAAUGAAGGUUUUUUUUACAAAGGUUGUAAUGUUGCGUCAUCCCAUAUUUAUGGUAAUAUUUGUUUCUUUUAAAGUGGGCUCAAAAAGGGAUUGGAUACAAACACUGCAUUUUGAAUUGGUCGUUGUGGCGAACAUUUGUGACAAGGGGUAAUGAAACACAGAAGAAAAGACUGAAAGAAGUCCACUGAAAACAGAAAAUGUGUCUGAUAGUUUUAACAUACAGUAAUAGCAUACAUUUUAUCUGGCAACACAAGUGAGUACCAAGGUAAAUGUAUACUACUUUGUAGUGUGUAAGUGCGAAGUAAGUAACUGGAGCGGUGGUUUAUCGAAGGGAAGCAAGAAUUCCAAUAUCUGAAGCAGAGCACGACCGCCUUGCUUAGGAAACUUGUCAGCAUGGCAGUUUUCCAACAUGAUGAGGAUAGAAUAGGAGAGACUUUAUUUGUGCCACAAUGGGGAAAUUAUGUGGUUGCAGUGCAGAUACUAAAAGUCCACAAGAUAAGGUGAAAACAAGAGGGAACCAUUGGUUUUUCUACACAAAGUAAAACAACGAAAAACCAAAAAAACAGCAAUAAUUAAUGCAUAUUGCACACAUACGAAUGCACCAUUCACAGACAAACAACACCCACAUACACCCCGGUGGCCUCUGCAGUGCUCCACACCAUCAUCUGCUGGGGUGGGAGACAGGAACAGACCCAACAAAGCAACCAAGUGAGCUUACUCCGUCAUAGACUGCCCAUUCAAUGUUUCAAUCAAUGUUUAUUUAUAUAGCCCUAAAUCACAAGUGUCUCAAAGGGCUGCACAAGCCACAACGACAUCCUCGGUUCAGAUCCCACAUCAGGGCAAGGAAAAACUCAACCCAAUGGGACAAUGAGAAACCUUGGAGAGGACCGCAGAUGUGGGGACCCCACCCCUAGAGCGACCGGUGCAAUGGACGUCGAGUGGAUCUAGCAUUAUAUUGUGAGAGUCCAGUCCAUAGUGGAUCUAACAUAAUAGUGAGAGUCCAGUCCAUAGUGGGGCCAGCAGGAGACCAUCCCGAGCGGAGACAGGUCAGCAGCGCAGAGACGUCCCCAACCGAUGCACAGGCGAGCGGUCCACCCCGGGUCCCGACUUUGGACAGCCAGCGCUUCAUCCAUGGCCACCGAACCUGUGCCCCCCUCUCCCUCCACGAGGGAGAGGGGGGCAGAGCAGAAAAGAAACGGCAGAUCAACUGGUCUAAAAGGGGGGUCUAUUUAAAGACUUUAAGAUGGGACUUAAAUGUUAGCCCCUGGCAAAUGUUCAUUCAGCACGGGUUAGCGAGAAUCCAUCAAUGACAGCGGUGUCAAACUCAUUUUAGCUCAGGGGCCGCAUCGAGGAAGUUUAUUCCCACGUGGGCCGAACUGGGGAAAUCAUGGCAUGAUAACUUAAGAAUACAACUACGACAACUUCAGAUUGUUUGUUUGACUUUGGCCCAAAAGAGAACAAGCACAUUCUGAAAAUGUACAUGUCACAAAUAAUACUCUAAACAAAACAAUUCAAGUUAGUCGAAAACUGAGGGAAAAACUGGUGCAGUUUCGAAAAACACAUUGAAGAACCCACUGAACUUAAUACUUUGUCUCAUCUACAAAGCCGUUAAACUUUAAGUCACAGCCUAUCUCUUCGAGGUAUCAAUGCCUCAUUUGUCAUUGCACACAUUAAUGCAGAGCCAACUCAACAAACCCUACAAACUGAGGUAGACACUAUUCAAGAAGGUUUUAAUCAAAAAUCACACAUUUCUUUAAAUUUCCACAGGCGACAAUUAUUUUCACAGAACUAUAUCAAGGUGCAGUGUCUCAUGCAGCAUUUUAGGUGGGGUUACCAAUCGUUUAUUUUACUCCUGAAACCUGACAUCUUUUAGCUUUCACAAGUGCAUCAAUAUCAGGUGUCACAAUUUCAGGAUGCCAUUCAAGUGCUUGUGCCCGUCGCUUUGUUUUAUUGA